GCCUUCGUUCUGUUCAUUCCUCAAAAAGAUCGACAAUGCAAAAACCUCAACUCAAGUGUGUCGCUUUAUCACUCCCAGAGCGAGUUAAGGCGUUAUCGCAUGUCGUUCUUCAAAUCAACGAGUUGCUGAUGCCCGAGAGUAUCGAUGCCGCCGUCUAUAAUGAUUGCCAGUAUAUCAUAUACACCCAUGGGGCUACUCGACAGUGGACUACGAAGGCAAUGGAUGGUGCAGCGACUCGAGGGCGCCUCGACCUUGUGAAAUGGCUGUCGGUGAUCCGAAACGAAGGGUGCACAGUUGCUGCAAUUGACGGAGCAGUGAGGAACGGACACUUGAAAGUGGUGAAGUGGCUUUGCACUCACUACUUUGGGAGAUGUUCAAGUGGAGCGCUGAAUAUGGCAGCGAAAAACGGUCAUCUCGAGGUGGUCAAGUGGCUCUGUCGUCGUAACCGCGCUCAAACAAACCCAGAGCCGUAUGUGGUUACCUACGGAGUACAACCCGUCGCAGCUAGUGGAGACACAAGCACGCUACAUGUUCUUCUACGUGAGAAUUGCAGUUGGUACUAUGUGGGUCGCGCUCUCGAAGAAGCGGCGUCUGAAGGUCGGGUGGACGUGGUGAAGCUCUUGUUGACUGUGAAACUUCGACAAGCAAACGUUAGUCGCGCGUUGAAGAACGCAGUGACAUCAGAGCACCCUGAAGUAGUCAAGCUUCUCGUUGAUUUCUGUUCGUCAGCUGAACUACGAGCUGCAUAUCCAAGCAUGACGACGGGAUGCAAUGUCAAGAUCGCAGAGCUGCUUCGUAAAACAGUCGAGGGCAGAGAGGUGGAAGAGAAAUGGGGAUACUUCAGAGCUCAACACAAAACUCUCGAGAGGAUGAAGGCGUCUCGAGAUUUUACGACGAACCAAGAUAAGUCCGUGUCAUUCUGUGGACUGCUACGGUCGUGGUGAAGGAAGAGUUGAGCACAUUCCCAAAAUAUAAAAAUUGAUAUUGCUGUUCCUCAUUUAGAUCCAUUAAAAAAUUGUUUAUUAGAAACUUUUUAACUAAUGCAUGGAACAGCAUUCUUCAAUUUGUGACGCUUAAACGGGAGUUAAUACUGCUCUUCCUGGUCCUCAGUCUGCUUAUCUACAUCAC